CAGCCGGGCCAGGCGGAGUUGCGCCAUGGAGGAAGCGCAGCUCUUACGCUAGCGCCGCUGCCCUUCUCCCCCGCCGCUGGGAGUUUGCCCGAGAGAGCCGGGAAAGGAAGGCAAGGAGAGCUCGACUUGCGGGCAGCAGGAGCCGGAGAGAUGAGCGGCAGCGCGGCGCCCCCCGGGCCCGCUUCGGGCUCAGCCCCGUGCCGUUUCGCCCACUACUUUGUGUUGUGCGGAAUCGAUGCCGACAGCGGGCUGGAGCCCGACGAGUUAGCAGUCUUAUACCAGUGGCUAGAAAACGAUCUCCAUGGCAAGAGCUCAGAUACUGCAAACAGAACAUCAGGAGAAAAUUUUGACCAGAGCCCCAUAAGAAGAACAUUCAAGUCAAAGGUCUUGGCUCACUAUCCCCAGAACAUAGAGUGGAACCCCUUUGAUCAAGAUGCAGUCAACAUGUUAUGUAUGCCCAAAGGGCUGUCUUUCAGGACUCAAACUGAUAACAGAGACCCCCAGUUCCACUCGUUCAUUAUUACCCGGGAAGAUGGUUCCCGUACGUACGGGUUUGUCCUCACGUUUUAUGAGGAGGUCACAAGCAAGCAAAUUUGUACGGCCAUGCAAACGCUUUAUCAAAUGCACAACGCAGAGCAGUGCAGUAGUGUCUGUGCCUCGUCCUCGUGCAGCAUGGACUCCCUGGCCAGCAGCCUUGAUGAUGGCGACUCCACAUCGCUGGCCAAGAUGCAGCGCUACAACUCGUAUGACAUCAACAGGGAUACGCUCUAUGUCUCGAAGUGUAUUUGCCUCAUUGCUCCCCUGCCUUUCAUGCAAGCCUGCAAGAAGUUCCUCAUCCAGCUUUACAAGGCCGUCACUUCUCAGCAACCCCCGCCUUUACCCUUGGAGAGCUACAUCCAUAACAUUCUUUACGAAGUGCCCCUUCCACCCCCAGGGAGGUCACUGAAAUUGUAUGGGGUGUAUGAACCUAUAGUUUGCCAGAGACCUGGUCCUAAUGAACUCCCUCUGUCUGACUAUGCUCUCCGUGAAGCCUUCGAACUGCUGGGCCUGGAGAACCUCAUUCAGGUUUUUACAUGUGUUCUCCUAGAAAUGCAGAUCCUUCUUUAUUCUCAAGAUUAUCAGCGCCUGAUGACUGUUGCGGAGGGGAUCACCACGCUGCUGUUCCCGUUUCAGUGGCAACACGUGUACGUCCCAAUCCUCCCGGCCUCUCUCCUGCAUUUUCUUGAUGCUCCUGUACCUUACUUGAUGGGUCUGCAGUCCAAGGAAGGAACAGACCGUUCUAAACUAGAACUUCCCCAAGAGGCCAACCUCUGCUUUGUCGAUAUUGAUAACCACUUUAUUGAGUUGCCGGAGGAGCUUCCUCAGUUUCCCAACAAGUUGGAUUUCAUCCAGGAAAUCUCUGAAGUUCUCCUUCAGUUUGGAAUUCCACUGGAAGGUGCCCUCCAUUGUAGUGAGAGUACCACUAAGUUGAAGAACCUUGUCCUUAAUGACUUGGCCAACGACAAGAAGAAUGGAAACAUCCCCAGCAACACCAUCAACAUGUACGAGCUUCUUAAAGGCAACGAAACGAUCGCCCGCCUCCAUGCUUUGGCCAAGAGGACUGGGGUUGCAGUGGAUAAAAUGAGCAUCACCGCUCCUCUGGCAGAGAAGGAAAGAGACGUUAAACUCCAAUGUGAAGAUGGGGAGCUGAAAGACUACAAGCUAAACGUGCAGCUGAGGGAGGUGUUCGCCAACCGCUUCACACAGAUGUUUUCCGAUUACGAGGCUUUCGUCAUUCAGGCAGCACAAGACAGGGAAUCGUGGCUGACAAACAGGGAACAGAUGCAAAAUUUUGACAAAGCUUCAUUUCUCUCUGACCAGCCUGAGCCUUACCUUCCAUUCCUCUCGCACUUCAUUGAAACCCAAAUGUUUGCAACGUUCAUCGACAAUAAAAUUAUGUCCCAGUGGGAAGAAAAGGAUCCAUUUCUGCGAGUCUUUGACUCCCGAAUUGAGAAGAUAAGGCUGUAUAAUGUCAGGGCUCCUGCAUUAAGAACAUCUACGUAUCAGAAAUGCAACACUUUGAAAGAAGCAGCUCAGGCCAUCGAACAGCGCCUAACGAAGAUAGAUCACACUGCAAUCCAUCCGCACUUGCUGGAUAUGAAGAUAGGUCAAGGCAAAUAUGAACAAGGUUUCUUCCCCAAGCUUCAGUCGGAUGUAUUAGCAACUGGGCCUACCAAUAACAAUCGGUGGGUCAGUCGCAGCGCUACGGCCCAGCGCAGGAAAGACCGCAUCCGGCAACAUUCGGAGCACAUUGGUUUGGACAAUGACUUAAGAGAGAAGUACAUGCAAGAAGCAAGGACCUUGGGGAAAAAUCUGAGGCAGCCCAAACUCUCCGAUCUUUCUCCAGCUGUAAUUGCUCAGACAAAUUGGAAAUUUGUGGAAGGUUUACUCAAAGAAUGCCGAAUGAAGACCAAACGUAUGCUGGUAGAGAAGAUGGGCCACGAAGCAGUGGAGCUUGGACAUGGAGAGGCCAACAUAACAGGUCUAGAAGAGAAUACACUCAUUGCUAGUCUUUGUGACUUGCUGGAAAGAAUUUGGAGCCACGGACUACUAGUCAAGCAGGGGAAAUCUGCCUUGUGGUCCCAUUUGAUUCAGUACCAGGAAAGAGAAGAGAAACAAGAGCAACUUGCAGAAUCCCCGAUUGCUGUUGGGCCAGAAAGAAGGAAGUCUGACACUGGGCUUAUGUUACCUACUCUGAGGGUCUCUCUUAUCAGCGAUAUGAGGCACAUUCAGAACAUGAGUGAAAUCAAGACCGAUGUGGGUCGUGCUCGGGCCUGGAUAAGACUGUCCCUUGAAAAGAAACUUUUGUCUCAACAUCUCAAGCAACUCCUUUCCAACCAAGCCUUGGCAAAGAAACUAUAUAAGCGUUACGCCUUCCUGCGCUGUGAAGAAGAGCGGGAGCAGUUCCUCUAUCACCUUCUUUCGCUCAAUGCUGUGAAUUACUUCUGCUUCACAAGUGUCUUCACCACCAUCAUGAUUCCAUAUAGGACGGUGACAAUCCCCAUUAAAAAACUAAGCAAUGCAAUCACCACGUCAAACCCAUGGAUUUGUGUUUCGGGCGAACUGGGAGAUACUGGAAUAAUGCAGAUCCCAAAGAACCUUCUAGAAAUGACCUUUGAGUGUCAGAACUUGGGGAAGUUAACUACUGUUCAGAUCGGUCAUGACAACUCAGGACUGUUAGCCAAAUGGUUGGUGGAUUGUGUCAUGGUUAGGAAUGAAAUCACGGGCCACACCUAUAAGUUCCCAUGUGGAAGAUGGUUGGGGAAGGGUGUUGAUGACGGAAGUUUGGAGAGGAUUCUGAUAGGAGAGUUGCUUUUGACUUCAUCGGAAGAAGACCUUGGGAAGCAAUGCCGGACACCACCGCAACAGAAAUCGCCAACUACAGCCCGGAGAUUGAGUAUCACUUCCCUCACAGGGAAAAAUACGAAACUCAAUGCAGGACAGAUCCAGGAAGGAAUUGGGGAAGCUGUGAACAAUAUAGUGAAGCACUUCCAUAAGCCGGAGAAAGAGCGAGGAAGCCUCACAGUCCUCUUGUGUGGAGAAAAUGGGCUGGUUGCAGCACUGGAGCAGGUCUUCCACCAUGGUUUCAAGUCUGCUCGUAUUUUCCAUAAGAACGUCUUCAUUUGGGACUUCAUAGAAAAGGCUGUUGCCUACUUUGAGACAACUGACCAGAUUGGGGACAGCGAAGAGGAUGUUCUUCUUCAAAAAUCCUCCUGCAAAACAUUCUGCCGCUAUGUAAAUGCCAUUAAUACCGCUCCACGGAACAUAGGGAAGGAUGGCAAAUUCCAAAUUCUAGUUUGUCUUGGAACUCGGGAUCACUUCCUCCCACAGUGGAUUCCAUUGUUGGCAGAGUGUCCACCCAUCACUCGGAUGUAUGAAGAGAAUGCUCUCCUACGUGACCGGAUGACAGUGAACACCCUCAUCAGGGUCCUUCAGACAUUGCAGGACUUCAGCAUCAUCUUGGAAGGGUCACUUAUUAAAGGGGUAGACGUGUAGCACAUGGCUUUGUGGACGGCUCCCUCUCUGUCUCCUCUCCCAGGCAAACGAAACGCAUCAAACUUGGGAGAGGGCAGAUCUGUUGAAACGCAAAUGCUGCCGGUAGUGCCCCACUGUAUGUUAAAAUCAGCUUGUUGAUAGGUGAGAGUGGGGGAAACUCCCUCACUCCUAUUAGUCUCCUUACUCGCCUGCCCUAAAGCUGCAAACAAGCUAGGCUGCAGUAUUGUAGUUUUCAAAUCAGAGGUUUAGUAUAAAAUAGAGUAUUUUCGUGUGUUCAAUGUGUGUAAAUAGGCCAUCUUCCUUCGGAAACAUUUACCAAUAAGAUACUUUUCUUAGAAUCAGUGUUCUCGAGUUGCGGGGGGUGGAGGUGGGGAACGUAGCUCAAAACAACUUUAUAGGGGUGGGAGCAUUACCUCCCAUAUAUGGGAGGGGAAGUUACUCCCUGUGUAAAUAUUGUACAAAUGUAGCAGGGAGGGGAGCUUUUUGUGUGUUGCAAAGGAACACAUGAAGACGCUCUAGGGUAGCCACUGCUGUACUCUUCUCGUGAAUGUAUACUGUUUCUCUAUUCCCUGUACGUUGUAAGUCUCUUGUUAUACCAUUUUGAUCGAAACCUUUUUUGCGUGCAUUGAGUAAGCUGUGAGUCAUCGGAUUCUGGAACUUCUCUGUGACUUUGUUGGUCAGGACAAGUGCUGCAAAGAAACGUCUUCACACUGGACCUGAGGAAUCCCUGAGCUUCAGACAGAAGCUUUCUGCUUGAGGAAUUUUGCUACUUGCCAUAACAGAAGAGUAAAACAAACAAACAUACAUCUCUACUAUAGUUUUGAACUGUUAACUAAGUUUUCAACUCUUCUUUCCUCUGCCGCCCCCCCCCCCCCCCCACUUUCUGGGCUUUUGUGUUCUGUGCACCUGUUUCAACAGGGCUUUCUUGGAAGGGGGAGGAGAGGCUUCUGGGAGAAAAAGCCCUCUUUUAUCACAAGCAGUUUAGGCAGCAUUCUGGCAAAAUCGUUUCAGACAAGUUGAAAAUGCCAAAAAACACCUGACGGUUGCUUUGUCUUCCUGCAUCCAGAGGAAUAAGGACUGGUCUGUACAUUACCUCAUUCCCAUGGGUGGCUGCUCCUAUUUGGUGAGUCCAAGCUUUGCUCGUACCACUUUAUGUCGUUCGCAGGUACCUUUCCAUGGGAACAGAAAGGAUACACCUGGCAGGCUGCUCCACACAAGACAACCAGGAUGUGGAGAGCCACCAUGUUGAAACAGCCUCCCAUGCAGUAAGGCAGUCUUCCCCAACCCAAUGCCAUCCAUUUGUGUUGGGUUACAACUCCCAUCAUCCCCAGGGGAUAAAGGAAACUGUAGUCCAACAGAACUGGAGGGCGUCAGGUUGGGGAAGACUCCAAUGAGGUAAAGCCCACCUCUUAGGGCCGCUGCUUACACUACCCUACUCUGGGAGGUACUUCCAAUGUAGCUUCUUCCCACCCCACUCAAGUAACGUAGGAAGCCUGUAUUCAUAUGGGAGGGGGCUUGGCAUCACUGUCAGCAUUGGCCCACCCAGGGGCCUUGGAAAUGCUGGCCUGUAAAGUCACCGCAUGAUAACUCCUCUUGUAUGAUCAAAGCAUUCUUAUGAUACCGGAGUGGUGCGUGAAAGCUUCCUUCUUCCACUGAUGUCAGACACCUCUCUUGGUAUUGUGUAGUUUUAGCUUUUAAAAGGGAAUGAAGCAAAAGGUACCCAGCUCUAUAUGCUAUUCUGUCAGAUAGGAAAAAAAUCUGCCUUUUUAGUAGUACCAACGCAGUUGUUGUAGGCAGACAUUUUAGACCAAUUUAAGCAAAAAAUGAAUAGAAGAUAUUGGGGCAGCAUGGAUCACAAUCCAGUAUGUAUCAUUCCAUGUUUACCCCGUUGGCAGAAGACUUGCCUAAUCAUUGGGAGACUUGGCUUAAAAAGUAGAUUUUAUUCUUCUGAUCUCUGGAGCUUAAUGAGCUCUGUGUCUAUUAGUCCCAUUCAUCAUGCCUGACAAUAGUCUACUUGGAGGAGAAACCCUUUGAUAGAAGUAACUGAUACUUAACAUCUUAAAGUACACAUCCAGUUUCAUUGGUGCCUUUUGCCCCCUCCUUCCAUAGUGCUUGUUUCCAAGAGAUAGGAUUCAUAGAGCUGAAGCACAUGAAAAAUAUGUGUUGGGAAAAGAGAGCAUCAUUUGUACAGGUGCCUCGACAUACUUCACCAGCUGAUGGUUUUCCUGUGUGGUAUCUUGAUGAGGAACUCUCAUAGGGUGCAAAUGCAGGACUCCCAAUGGUAGGUUUGCCAUAAACAUGCAGGCAAUUGCAAGGGAAAAGUGACGAGGAGAGGUUACUUAGCUCUGGAACUUGUUUCCUGGCCAAGAUGGGAAAACUGGGAGGGAAGGGAUUGGAGCGAGAAUAUGGUGGGUGGGAGAAGGGUGAAGUUUUCACUCCACUUCAUAAUUCAGCAGCAACUAUAGUUUUGGGGGUAUCUUGUUCCACCCUAAAACUACCCAUCUGCUACUGCUUUGCCUGCUGCUGCUAUAUUCUGUGACCUCCAAAGGACCUUCACCAGUUGUUUUCAGCCAGAAAAGAGCAUCGAGCUUGGGAAUGUUACCCAUCAACAAUUAGGUGUUUCUCAGCCAACACAUGGCUUGCACCCAUCAAGGCAUUUUGCCAAUAUCUCUGUCUACUUGAAAAACUGAGUGGUAACUUCUGCCGCACAAUAUUUGCUGAAAUAGCACACAAAUCUCACUGCAUCAACUUCACCUCAAAGGGCUUUGGCAGCAUGAUUGUGAAGCAUGCAUUUGAAAGCCUUCGCCAACAUUUCCAUAUGCAUCUUUGAGGGGUUGCUCUCCAGAUAUUCUCCCCAAACCACACCUAACCAUGUAAUUAUCUCAGUUGUAAUCAGAUAUUUCGAUAACAUGAAUCGGCCCACAUAACCUCUGCCCAGGAUUUAUGGAAAGUAUAUAAAAUUAUUUUAAAUGCUUAUUUUGAGAGAGAUGUAGAUGUAACUGGGUGAGCAUGUGACCCCAGUUAAAGCUGGCAAGAAGGAUAUGUGGAAGAAUUAUUUUAAUCUUUUAUCCCUCUUCAUUUACUCUUCAGGACAACUUUAGGUAACACACAUGGUUAUUGCAUUAAAAUGUGCUUUCAAACAUUCAGAAGUUUACAGUUAUUAGAAAUACUUUCUCCUUCCUAGUUUUCGAACAGCGUGAUGUGGCUGCACAAAAAGCAAAUGCUAUUUUGGGCUGCAUUAAUAAAAGUAUAGCUUCCAAAUCGCACGAGGUACUGGUUCCCCGCUGUUCGGCACUGGUUAGGCCUCAUCUGGAGUAUUGCAUCCAGUGCUGGGCACCACACUUCAAGAAGGAUGCCGAUAAGCUGGAGGGGGUUCAGAGGAGGGCAAUGAGGAUGAUCGGAUCUGGAACCAAAGCCCUAUGAGGAAAGACUGAAAGAACUGGGCAUGUUUAGCCCUGAGAAGAGAAGACUGAGGGGAGACAUGAUAGUAUUCUUCUAAUACCUGAAAGGUUGUCCAACAGAGGAGAGCCAGGUUCUCUUCUUGAUCAUUGAAGAGUGCAGGACAUGGAAUAAUGGGCUCAAGUUACAGGAAGCCAGAUUCCAAUUGGAUAUCAGAAAAAACUUUCUGACUGUCAGAACAGUACAACAAUAGAACCAAUUUCCUAGGGAGGUUGUGGGCUCUCCCACACUAGAGGCAUUCAAGAUGCAGCUGAACAGCCACCUGUCAAGUAUGCUUUAAUGUGGAUUCCUGCAUUGAGCAGGGGGUUGGACUCGAUGGCCUUAUAGGACCCUUCCAACUUGUCUAUCAUUCUAAGAAUACAGUUUGACCUACUCUGUGUUUUUCCCCCACAAGACAAACGGCAGAUUGUUUUUCUAGUUUACCAGUAUUCUGACAGUUAAUAAUAAAGCAAAAGUAGAUAAUGCCUCAAAAAUGGAGAUAUGGAUCAGAACUGAACAGGAAAAUAAAAAGAUUGACAAAUACUAGAUAGUUGAAAGCCUGGAAGGGGAAUUCAGAAAAAAAAUGGGAAGGCAGAAUUUAAAAAACCAAACAUAAUUUUUCUGGGGAUUUGGGGAAAACCCGUUUUCUGCAAGCUUUCACAUCUCUAUUAAAUACGCAUGUAUGUUUUUCUUUUUGCGUAUCACACACUUAGCCCCAACACAAGAGGUCCCAACUCUUGCUUUUGCUAAGUGACAUUAAACUAAAUGCAAGGGGCUGUGUCGAUGGCAACAUUAAUUCUGCACGAAUCAUGGGCAAAUUUGAUAUACCUUGAUUAUACCUGAUCUUAUUACUGCCUUGCCUUGCAGCUGCUGGUCCUGUGUGGAGUUAGAGGAGUUUCUGGACUAUCCACCUUUCUGCUGACAUGAGGCUUAGUUCAUGGCAUAGGGAACUGUACCCAACAGUGAAAUUUCUGUAAAGCAUUAAUUCAUUUCUCAUUAUUGUGUUUCAAAGCACAUGAAUAGAGUGCAAGGGACACUACAUCUACUUCUUUUUAGGCAAUAAAGCACUGUAUAAUUGUGAAGUAUUACAACCUUAAGGUAUUUUUGAAGCAUGAGAUUGAUCUCUGGUAGUCUAGUCUAUUUGACAACUUCAGGAGUGCAAUUCUUUGUGACAUUUUACUUCAUUCUUAAUGUGUGUAACAUUUUGGGUUUUUUUUAAAUAGAUGACUUUGAUCCCUUGUUUGUUCAAACUUACAGGAACCAUUCUAGCUUUUUGGAAGGGUGAGGAUCUAGCCAUGGUUCUCUGAAAUUUAAUGCAUUCUUUUGACAUCAGUAUUAAUGACCCUUCAUUGAUUUGAGAAAGUGAAUUUUUAAAACAACCAAAGCUUUCUGGUAACCUACCAAGUAAAUUCUAUAUUCAUAUCUUCUUGAUAGCAUUACUAUAUUUAACAUCGUUUUUAAAAGGGGGGAGACAGUGGAAUUGUAAAGUGGAUCACUGUGUAAAUUAUCUACAAAUAUCGGAAGUUAACCAGAAUAAGGUGGAUGCAGUGUUGGGAAAACCCCAGUACUUCAUCUUAUGAAUAGACACUUUUGCAGCCCAUUUACUCAGAAGUAAAUUUCAUUGUAUUAAGUGGAACUGACCUCUGAGUAAAUAUGUUUGGACUGGGCUGUUAAAUGCUUUUUCGUUUAGAAUAUGCUCAAGAGAUGCUGUAGAUUCAUUAUUACUUUGAUUUCAUUCUCUUCCCCACAAGUGAAGGUGUAUAUCUCAUAAAGAAAAUGUUGUAUAUUACACUUAAAAUGUACAAAUAUUACCUGGUAUAGUUUAUUAAAGACCUCCCUCCUCCCCACCACCCUUAAGUAUUUUCCAAAUACAUUGCUAUUUUAUCUUUUACAUUAUUAGUAAAUUAAUCAAGACUGGAUAAUGUUCAGGAAGUGAAUAUCAGUAAAAGUAUUGUUAUUUCAAGCACUUUAGCAUACAUAUCACAAACUGAUGUGGGUUGUUUUCCCCCCAGGGUUUGGAUUACAAUUCAAUGCAGCUUUUCAUGCAAUGGUCUUUACAAAUAAAACUGUGAAAAUAACAAAGCAUAUCAUGUAAUGUUUCAUUAACGCCAAUA